AGACCGGCCUGCAUGCUUUUGACCACCUACUGCCUUGUAUUUCCAAUUGGGCUACAAAAAUGACUUCAACUGAAGGUAAAAUGGGCCUAUCAGGUGUGUUGACUGUGUUGCUGGGUUAAUACAGCCUCUUCUUUUGUAAACUGAGCGUGUGUUUUUAAGCUGGACACACACACCCUCAGUUAAUCUUAUUUGUAGGUCCUAUAAUUAGAAGGCCAGGGCAGACUUCUCUCACAGUUGGAGAGAGAAAGUGGUGUUGCGUUAGUCUUCCCUCCUGACAACAGCUGAAAUCCAUUUUUUUUUUGUAUGUCUCUUAAUGAUGAUGAUGUCACGAUGCUGUCUCCUGUCUGGAUGAAAAGCACACCAACGUAUCGUCCAGGACGAGGCUCUGUGGAAGGGAUUUCCAGGCAACACUAAGCACAAUGGCAGAGGCUUUCCAACAGUCCACUCUGGACCAGCAGGCCUUGAAUAGGGAGCCUGACUCUCCUAAAGACAACAAGCUGCCACCCUCAUCACCUGAUGUGGCACAAGAUGAUCAUGUGCCAGGUGUGGAUGCACCACAAGACGAGGAGCUAGAGAGUGUAAUCCAAGAUGAAGGUGGUCUACAGUGCCCCUUCCAACAGCACCAGAACCCUGAAUGUCUUGACAAGGAUCAGGGUAAUCUUCAUUGCACAGACCAGAAUCAGUCGUAUCUUGGAGGUCCAGAUUGCCUGGAUGAUGGAAACUGCCUUAGUACACAUCAUCGUGAUCCAAUGCAAGGCCAGUGUUGUAAUAUAGACCAGGAUGCUAAAGAACAAGAUAAUGUGUGUAGUCUGAACUCAGUUAAAGCUCAGAGGCAUGACAGCCCUCUAGAAAAUGAGGUUAAAGUGGAAGCCAAUGAUUCACCUCAGGACCCACAGGGAGUAAAUCAGUGUCCAAUAGAAGUGCAAGAUGGUUAUGACCAAGGAUUACCUUUACCUGUUCCUGUUUUUGUCCAGGAUCAGCUAAAUGAUGAUUCAGCCCAACAGGAUCAGGGCCAAAGUACUGAUCCAGGUCUACAUGGAGACCAAGACCAGUUGACCGCUGACCAAAAUCCACAACUUCUUCAAUUAGGCUGUGAUAGUUCACACAACGUCCCCAGUUAUGUUACCUCAGAGAAGCGGGUUCAGCCUGCAGGUUCACAUGAUGAUUUGAUUGAACAGCAUUAUUCCCCCCGUUGUGUGUACCGAGGCUUACCUCAGGAUCAAGAUCAAGCCACAUAUCAGGGAGAGGACCGCAAGGUGCCGUUAGUUCACCAAGCCGGUUCCAACCCCGAGCAGCACCUGACUACUGCCGCAGCCUUCGAGGAUGGAGCCGGGGAGUCAGGUGGCAGCACCCCAACGCUGGUAAUCACUCAGGCAGAGGAGUCUUGGUCACUGCCGCUGACCACACCAGUUGGGCUGCCAGUCACCCCAGCAGCAGUAGCAAAGCCUCGGGAACUGCAGAAGCCUACAGACCUGGCGAUCCCAGCGGCAGCAGCCGUUCCCACAGAUCCCAGUCCCAGUUCCAGUGAGGGAGGCGACACUGCCUGCUCGGACCUCCUGUCUCUAAAGAGUGACUCCAUAUCCCUGGCCAGCGAGCAGACCAUUUCCAGGAGGAGUGAGGAGUGCCAAGAGGAUGAUACUAGAAGUGUCGCUGCAUCUUCUGUCAUGUCUUUGUUCCACAGGGUGCAGCUGGACCCCGUGGAGAGGGAAUGGCUGAGAUACUCAGCUGUGGGAAACAUGGCCGCCCAGCGCCGGCUCCUCGCCCAGGACUCCAGCCUCGCCUUGAAGAAGGAUUUCAUCACUGGGUUUACGGCGCUGCACUGGGCAGCCAAGCAAGGCCGUCUGGAGGCUGUGGACAUGAUGCUUCGCUCCGGUGUGGACGUCAACGUCAGAUCGCACGGGGGAUACACAGCGCUCCAUCUCGCCUCCAUUCAUGGCCACAAGCACAUCGUCCAGGCUUUGAUCAAUACUUACCAUGCUAAGACCAAUGUCAGAGAUUAUCAUGGGAAGAUGGCAGUCCACUACUGGAGCGGUAAUGCUGACAUCUUCAACAAACCAGAGGGUCAGACAGGUGGGAAGUUGUUUCGGGGAAGACGGACCCAACGCUACGCCUUGCCUUCCUUACUGCUGUCCCGCUCGCGGAGCCAAGGCCAACUCAACCUGGACUUUGGGAUGGUGGCACAAUCCCCCCACGAAGCUCUGGACCUCCAAAUAUAAUGUUUCUUGUUGGACAUAUGACUUCUCUGACUUCAGAGAUGAUCACAAAUCAUCUGAGGCUGGACGUCGAUAUCAGAAGUGUUUCUCACCCUGAGCCUGUCCGCACAAAGAUAUAAAUGCUGUCCAGCAGUUAACUGCUGCAACUGAGCUGAUAUACACCAAGAGGCACGUCUGAGUGGGCAAAAAAAACAUAAGAAAACAUAUUAAACAGUACACACUCAUUCCUGGCUAUGCAUGUAGAGAUUUAGCAAACAAACUGCAAAUACUUGACAUCUCAGUGACUAUUGUGUAUUUUGAUUGUUCUGGUGUUAGCCAUGUUGAUUUUCAGGUAUAGCAAUAAAACUUCUUAUACUAGUUAGUUCAAGUGACUGUAUGAAAUUGUGUAUAAUGUGGGAUUUAAAUGGCCUUCAAGAAAAGCUUACUCAGUAAUGACUGCUAAUUUACAGUGUAAAAUGUCUAAUUUUUUCAUGAUAAUCAAUUGCAUCGCUAAUUACUGUAGAUAAUUCAAAUGGUAUGUCCAAACUCUAAUUUUGCAGAUGAAGUGGCCAACCAGCGGACGUUGUUAAAGGGUUUCAGUAAGUCGGCAUGUUAAUGUCUGGUUUGAACUGUACCACUGUCAGUAUUUGUUAAGCUUGGGGUGCCUGAUGUGUGGGAUUUUGCACUUACAUUAGGUCAAAACAGCGAGUGGAAGAAAGUUUAGACAAUAACAGAAAAAUCUUUGGAAAUCAAUUUUUUUUAUUUAACAAUUCUGUUGGACCUAGGUUUGAAUUUAACAUAGUUUCAUGUCAUUCUGACUCUGAUAAGUGCAGUGAGAAAAGAUGUUUGCAAUAAUAAUAAUAAAAGCUAUUUGACCCGAGUCUUUGGGCACGCUGGCUCUUGGUCGUUUACAUUAGGAAUUAAUAGUAAAUGUUUGACACAGUGAAACACGUUUCACCCUCCCGCUCUCAUUCACAAGCUCAUAAAUGUCUUCAUUAACUUCCACACCACUGGCUGGCUCAUAGCAUAAAGCUCAUUAUCUGCCUUAAUAAGCUAGACCAGGACCAUUUGUGUAAAUGAUAAGCAGGAAAUGAGACGAUUGGUGGGAGGACACACUCAACAGUGAUAAUAAACGCUCACUCAAGAUAAUGUGGAAAUUAGCAAAGCACUGUGGCUAUCAAGACUGUGAUUUAGUCCAUGUGUGACUAAAAGCCAUUGAGCAUACACAACUGUGUGAGUUAAUGGGAACAUACACAUGGCAAUCUGGGAAUUCAAAUGCAAGGUUUACAGAAAAUGAUCCAUAGCAGACUGAACUCUUCAAAUCUGCAAAUUCCGCAACACUUCUAGGUUUUUCAAUACUGCAAUCAGUGUGUAGGUUAUACACAAUAAAAUUGAUUUCCCCCA